GUGUGCUUCAUCGGCCGAAGCAAUGUGGGGAAAUCAUCUUUAAUACGGGCAUUGUUUUCGCUGUCUCCAGAAGUGGAGGUCAGGGUGUCAAAAACUGCAGGCCACACCAAGAAGAUGAAUUUCUUCAAAGUAGGGAAGUACUUUACUCUGGUGGAUAUGCCAGGAUACGGCUACCGUGCCCCACAAGACUUUGUGGAGAUGGUGGAAGCCUAUCUGCAGGAACGGCACAACUUGAAGAGGACUUUUCUGUUAGUUGAUGGUGUAGUAGGACUCCAGAAAACAGAUCAUAUUGCAGUAGAGAUGCUGGAAGAGUUUGGGAUUCCUUAUGUGAUGGUGUUAACAAAAAUUGACCGAGCUUCCAGGGGACUGUUGUUAAAGAACGUACUGGAGAUCCAGGAGUUUGUAAAGGAGAAAACUCAGGGAUGCUUUCCUCAGCUAUUCCUGGUCAGUUCUCUGGAGUUUUCAGGGGUUCACUUGCUAAGGUGUUUUGUAGCCCACGUUACUGGAAACCUGCCCACUGUAGAGGCCAGAUGAAAAGACUGGCUUCUGAUCUGCUUGGCUCACCAAGAACAAAAGGUGCAGCAUGACAGAGCAUGCCUCGCUUGCAUACAUCAAGUUGUCGCUGCUCCCCAUGGAUGAAGGAAAGGACACAUCUUUCAUGGGAUCUGCUUUUUGAUCACUGUUGGCUUGAAACAGAGUGGAAUAAAUGACUGACGCCUAGGGGAACUCUCUCCUUCUGCACUUCAUCAUCCGUCAGUGCUGCAUUUACCUUCUGUUUUAAAUCCAGCAUGACGUUCUGCAGUUGC